GGCUGGGGGUGAGGGCGUGGUUUAUGUGGCAUCCGAGCAGGGCGUGGUGGCUGCGAUUGACAUGUCGUCUCCAAAUAGGAAGGGAAGGAUUGUAUGGAGGGUGGUCUUGCCCGAGAGAGAGAGGGCGACAGACUUGAUCAGGGUGGAGGAUGGGGUUAUUUGCGUGACGUUGCACGGCAUGUAUGCGUUUGGUUUAGAUGGAGAGUUGAAGCACCAGGAGGUGGAACACGACGCGGAAUUCAGCUUUGUGGGGGUGCGAAGCGGUCGUCUUGAGUGGAUGGCCCAGGACUACGGAAAGAGAAUGAAGAUCAGGGAGGCGAGUCGGUGGGACCGGCCAUGGGACGUGGAGAAAGAAGGGAAGGCGGAGAUGGUACAUUUAUCGGGCGACGCGCUGUUAUGGAAGGUGAGUGGAGGGGAGAGGAUAUGCGUAUCAAGGAAGGGGGGUGCGAGUGAAUGUCGAGACAUGAAAAAUCCGUGGCUGGAGGUGAAUAGACAGAUAAUGGAGUUGGAAGGAGGGAGGUUGCGCAGUAUAAAUUGGGGGGACAGUCGCGGAGAAGAUUACGAGGUUGAGCAAGUUGGAGGAAGUGUCAAAUUGCACAAAUUAGGCGACAGGCUAUUUUGUCUGAACGGUCAGGUCGUUUUGAUGGGUGACGGAGAGUUGAGAUACGUUGGAGUGAAGGGUGGCGAGAGUUUAUUUCGAUUAGCGAUUGGAGAGGGUGGGUGGGUUGUCAGAAUGGACAGGGAUGAGCUGGAAGUUGAAUGGGUAGAGAAUGGAAAAUUAGAGAAAAAAAUUUUGAAAUGGAAAUUGGUAUCUGAAAAUAAGAUAGAUUUUAUCUACGUGGAGUUGAUUCGAUGCGCAGACGGUGAAGCGCGUAUUAGAGCAUUAGUACAACAUGAAGAUUGGACUUUAGAGAGCGUAGAUGCGAACGGGGAGGUAACGUGGUGGAGCGAUGAGUCGCUAUCAGGGAUAGCGAGUACCUUGUUUUUGGAUACGCCAACAGAAUUCGGUAUAAAGAGAGGCGCUGAAGAGGUCGAAAAGGCGGCAUGGUGGCAAAUAGCAAAGAAAAUUAAAACUUUAUGGCUCGAGAGUCGAACAGAAGAGGAGGAUCGGUUUGGAAUUCGGAAAUUGUUGGUGAUAGCUACUGACUUUGGAAAGGUAUUAGGUAUAGAUACCAAAACGCGGGAGACAAUGUGGUCUUGGAUGCUCGAGCCCAGAAUGAAAGUCAGGCAUAUGCAGGUGACGACUGAGGAUUCGCUCGGUGAUCACGAGCUGUUACUGAUAGGUCACACCACAGAAGAGCAGAGGAGAUGGUAUCAAUGCAGAAUAAGGUGCCGUGGUGCACUGCCGCCCACAUGCACAAAGGUGCCGUACGAGGUUAAAUUGGUGCUGUCCUUGCCAGAUUUGAAGGGGUUUGGAGGGCGCGUCCGACUUGCAGGAUUAUACGAUGGAAGGGCGUUGCGGUUAAGCUAUCCGGCUCUUGAUGAGGAGUACGAACUGAGAGACGACUAUUUUUUUUACACAGUUGAGAAGCGCAUUGGUCGAAUUCGCGGAUAUCGUAUAUCCAAGCAACUGAGACACCAGAUGAACCCGAAGGGCAUUUGGGCGAUUCAAUUGAAUCGUUCUGUAGAGGCAUUGGCAAAGGCGGAAAUUGACACGCUAUCUCCGGGAAUAGCGAUGCGCAAUAAGAGCGUCUUAUUCAAAUACCUGAAUCCGAACAUUGUUGCGGUCGGAACAAGAGUUCAACGUAUGAAAGACACAUUUUGGAGUGUCCAGUUGAUUGAUGUAAUAGACGGUAAGACAGUCCACGAAUUUCUACACAAGGACAACGGCCCGAACGAACGUCCGUCCGCUGUACCUCGUAUGUGGAUAGUGUUCAGGAACCAAUGGCUGUGUUAUGCUUAUUGGUCCCAUAAGUCGUCCAGAUUUGAGUUGGUAAUCACCAAACUUUUCAACUCUUCUUCAUUUCACUUCCAACAACAAACCUGGAUUCUCCCAUCCGGAAUUCGAUCCCUUUCCAUAACCCGCACUCUCCGCGGCAUUUCAAAUCUGGACCUGCUCAUUGGAUUCUUGAACGGGCAAAUCCAAGCGUUCCAUUUGAAAUCAGACGACCUCUCGACGGAGGAGUCGACACGCGAAAUAAGGAAGCUCGAACUACUUCCGACCAACAUAAUUAAUCCCGGCUGCUCUGAUUCUAGGCUCCUCUCCACUAGCGCUCACUUCACCAACCUGGAAUCCACAACAUUGAUCUUCACUCACGGAUUAGACUUAUUUUUGAAUAUUUACUCCCCUCAAAACGUCUGCUACGACCGCCUGUCUCAUGAUUACCUAGAGAUUGUCCUUAUUUCCAUACUGGUCACUCUCUCGACCGUUAUAAUCGUCGUCAAACGAGGAGUCAAACGCAAAUGCUUGGCCGACACAUGGAACUGAACUUCGCCUUUUGUCUCAAUAAAACAAAAAAAACUCGCUUCGAAAUUUUUCUUAAUA